UUUCUGUGGGGGCGAGAACCGGCGGGAGGCGCACGAGCGUGUGCUGGCUUAGAAGCCUCGGCUGCGGCCAAGUGAACAGGGGGAGGAACGGGGGAGAGGAGGGCGAGGAGAGAGGGCGGGCGCGCGGGCGGCUGCCGUUGAGGCCUGGGGUGCCGUCGUCAUCCAGCGGAACCGAACAGACAGAGGGAGGCGCUGCGGCCGCUUGGGUUCGCGCUUCUGCUGCUGCUCCUGCCGCCGCUGCCUCCGCAGCGCCGGGACAGAGCCCUCACCCCACCCCUGGGUAGGGCGGCGGGGCAGCGCGAAGAGCUCCGGGGGAUCCCGUUAUCAUGUCGCUGAGACAGCGCCUAACCGCGCUGCUGGUCUGCCUGCGGGACCCGCAGAAAGUGGCCAGCUUCCAGCGGCUGUGCGGGGUGGAAGAGCCGCGACCGGCCGGGGCUGAAGCUCUGCCGGGGGGGGAGCCCUGCACGGCCCCGGAGGCGGGGGGUGGCCGCAAUCCGGACCGGCCGGCCAUCUCGGAGGGCGGCGGAGGCAAGCCCCGAAGCUGCGGCGCCAGGAACGGCGUGAGGAACGGACUGCCGGAGGCCGGCGGCGACCCGGUCACGACCACGGCCGGGGAGCACGAGAGCAAGGCGACCCUUCGGAAUAGAGUGCAGGGUCUGCGGCGCAACUCCCUCACCGGGGAGGAAGGGGAAGUGUACGGAGUGCGGAACUGGCUUCUUUUCUACUUGUUCUGCUUUGGCACCGAGCUGGGCAACGAGCUCUUCUACAUCACCUUCUUCCCCUUCUGGAUCUGGAACCUGGAUGCCUUGGUGGGCCGGAGGCUCGUGAUCAUGUGGGUCCUGGUCAUGUACCUGGGCCAGUGUGCCAAAGACGUCAUCCGAUGGCCCCGGCCCGCCUCGCCGCCGGUGAUCAAGUUAGAGGUUUUCUAUAACUCAGAAUACAGCAUGCCCUCCACUCAUGCCAUGUCUGGCACAGCCAUACCCCUCUCCCUUGUCCUCCUCACCUACGGCCGCUGGCAGUAUCCUCUUAUAUAUGGACUGGUUUUUGCUACCUGCUGGUGUUCUCUGGUUUGUCUGAGUAGGAUUUACUUGGGAAUGCACUCCAUUCUGGACAUUAUUGCUGGAUUCCUGUAUGCAAUUUUUAUCUUAGCUGUCUUCUAUCCAUAUGUGGAGCUGAUUGAUAACUUCAACCAAACUUACAAAUAUUCUCCGCUAAUUAUCAUCAGUUUACAUUUAGCCUUGGGGAUCUUUUCCUUCACCCUUGACACUUGGAGUACAUCACGAGGAGAUACAGCUCAGAUCCUGGGCAGUGGUGCAGGAAUUGCAUGUGGAUCUCAUGCUGCUUACUGCAUUGGUCUAAUGUCAGAUCCUCCUCUUGAUACAUUGCCAUUAACUGUUCCCUUCAUCACUGUGACUCGUUUUGGAAAAGUCAUAUUGAGGAUUCUAAUAGGAAUGGUAUUUUUGCUACUAAUUAGAAUUGUAAUGAAAAAGAUCACCAUCCCAUUGGCUUGUAAAAUAUUUGGUAUAAAAAGUGAUGAUAUUCGAAAAGCAAGACAGUGCAUGGAAAUUGAACUUACUUAUCGUUAUAUAACCUAUGGAAUGGUUGGCUUCUCUAUCACAUUUCUGGUUCCUUGCUUAUUUUUCUUUAUUGGCCUUUCCUGAUGGCCUGUCAUUUAUGAGAAAGGCAGUAUGUGAGAAUAAUUCUGAGGCAAAAGUCAGUUAAUGCUUUUGCAGGAAUUUUACUUAAAUAAGUAUUUAAGUGAACAUAAAGCAGAGAGAGUGCUUUUUACCACUGCAUCUGGAUAUUGUUUUGGAGAAUGCCGAGAAGUUUCAACAUCGAGAACGUUAUGGACAUCCCUUAAGUAUGAUGUUUUGGGGUAUUUUAUACAUUUGGGUUGUAGAUCUACAUAUAAUAUAUUUUAAGGUAUGUAAUUAUAUAUUUAUGUACCUAAUAUAUUAUAUAUGAGUCUAAAUAAACAAUGGGGCUGUAUAAAUAAACAAAUAAUAUUCCUUCAGUUAUGCCUUUGUAUUUGGAUUUAAUCCAGGUACGUUGUGAUAGCCUGGCAAAAAAAAAUUUUUUUCUUUAUCUAGAAUGUGAGCCAUUUCUUAAUUUAAUUACAAGGUUAAUGAAAACAAAAUUAGUAUGCAAACCAUUUAUCUGUUUAUUGCCUCCUCUUAUCACCUUUCAUGGUAAACUUGUUGAUCUACAUUUAAUGGACCAAAUUUGAAGUAAAAUUAACUUUUGCAUUCAAAAUUUUUUGGUUUUAAAAACUUUUUUGUUUUUUCUUUUAGUUCUGUGUACAGUUUAAAGUAUUUUGGUUUGCAUUCAUUCUAGAUUUCUCUAUAAUGAUUCAGGUACUGUAUUUUACUGCUUAUUAAUUGUGCCUUUCUGUUGCUGAAUUAAGAAAUGCCAUGUAUACUGUGAUAUAAAAAUAGGACUGAUAACUCUAUCUUCAAUGACAUAAUUAGGGGAAUUUUUUUUUUAACUUAUGUUGAGAAAAUUCUGAGGAGUUUAGAAGUAAACUAUACAUGGUAGCUUAUAUGUUGAUAAAUAAAAUGAACUAAACUUUCUCAGUGACUAUAACAGCUAAUGGAUUAUGUAGUCUAUAGGAUUUUUUGGUUAUUGCUUUAUAAAUUACAGGAAGGAGAUUUUUUUUUUGCACAUUGUCUUGACUGUAUUGCAGGUUAGUAUUUCUAGCAGAGAGAAAUGUAAUUGAAAUCUAGGCAGUGGAACAUUAACUCAGCUUCAUUUAUAAUAUUCUUCUUAAAUUAUUUCCCCAAGGCCUGUGGUUGAUAGUGUUAAUAUUUCUGGCUUAAUCCAUUUAUUGAUAACUUAAGACAGAAUAAAUAAUUUAAAAGAGAGUAGUUACUACUAUCUCCAGAUCCUAUAAUUUUUCAAUUUUAUUUCUUUAUAAAACUUGGAAGCAGUAUUAGGCUGUCAUUUAUUCCGUUUACUUUUUUAUACUUGAGGUUUAAUUUCCUUUGAAAUUAAGUUAACAUUCAUUUCCUACAACUAAAUUUCAUAUAUGAGGAAAUCACUAUGUAAACAUCAGGAUAACUUAUUGGUGAUUUUAAUGCAAUAUCUAUACUGUGUACCCAGGAGUAGCCUUAAAAGUAUUUUUGUUUUGAUAAAUAAUAGCUACUGCAGCUCACAGUUGAUUGAGACCUUGGGUGGCAACUGGUCUAAAUUUAAUCUGUUAAUUACAAUUCAACCAUUAAAAUUUAUAGGAACUGAUUGAUAUCUAUUCUUUUAAAGAUGAGAAAGUAGCUUUUCCAAAUUGGAGUUCAGAAUAUCUUCCAUGAGUCGAUUCUGUACUAUGCUGUGCAUUUAUAUUGAGUUUAAAACAAUAUUAGUUUGCACAUAUUCAUUGUGUUUUAUUUUUUCUAUGCUAAAUAUAUCUAAAAAUAAAAACCAAAUUUAAGAUUUUCUUCCAUUUACAGAUUUUUUUUUCUGCACUAUUUGGUAAGCAUCUUUGUUUGAUUUUAGUUCUAGACCUAUCAGAGCCCUUUGGUGAUUUAGUGCAACUUCUCUUAUUGAUUAGGACUCCUAACUUAAUUAAUUAGCAUUUGUGUGGUACCUGCUAUAGGCCAGGCCUUGUGCUACUCACUAGAGGAUCUGACUGAGCCCUGUAAGGGUGAAUGGACUUGUCUCAGGUCACAGAGGUAGUAACCAUAAUUUUUGAUGGAAAGUAAAGCACUUCCUUAGCAAUCUAAUGAGUCUUCCUUUUAUUCUUUUAUAAUAGUCUUGGAUUGUAAUGAAGUGUAUUGUACCCUUUUUAAAAAAAUUAUUAGCCAUAUCUAUAGCUAAUUGUUAGUGGAAUAAAAAUUAUGGAUUUAUUUCCAAGAUUGUGAUUUUUAGUAUUUGUAGUUGAUAUCAUUAGCAUUCUGCGAUUAAUCAACAUGUUGAGAAAAGAUAACUUUUCCAAAUAGAAUAAAGCAAUAAUGAGAUGGAUUUUUAAAGGAGUUAGAAAAAUGUUAGUUCCAGAUAUCACUGAAAAAUGAUAUCUCAGUGCAAAGUAGGCUUUUAAGAUAUACAAAGCACUUUCCUCAUAAUAACCUUGGGAAAGUAGAUAGUAUUUUAAAAUUAUAUUAUCUCCAUUUACUAAUGAAAAGAUAAGCUCAAAAAGGCUGUGAUUCAUUCAAGUGUACCCUAUUUAAAAAGUGGCAAAGCUGGGAUUCAAACUCAUAUCUUAAGUGGUUUUUUUUUUUUUUUUUGAGAAAUGCAGAAAACUCAUAUUAAGAUCUUAUGUAAAUUAUUAAUCUUAGCUAUUUAAUAACAAGUGAAAUUAUACCAUCUUUCAAACUAUAAAAGAUAACAUGUAUCUUAAGGACAAUAUAAUAUACAUCCAGUGAUCUGUACAAAAUUAAAAUGAAAAUCUUCCAACAAAAAUAUUUGACAAAUGGUAAACCUAAUUCAAACACAAAUGACCAUCAUAAAUUACCUGGUACAUGUGGUGUAUAAUUAAUGCUCAUCACUAAAAAUUCUUUUGAGGUUUUUAUUCAAAGCCUUUUUUCAUGUUAAUAUUAAACAUAUGCAAAAAUAUUUUAGUCAGCUUAUACCAAAAAUGUCUUAAACAUAGCUUUAAAGGUGAAAUAGUACUUUUGAUUUUCUUGCUGAUAAAAGAUUUUUUAAAAGCAUGAUUAGAAGACAUUUUAAGAAAAAUUAAACUUGUGAGGGAAUCUGAAAGAUUUCCAGGUUGCUAAGCUGUGGGCAGUUUGUCAAGUUUUAUAAAUUAUUGCAAUUCCAUUCAGAGUAAAUAGAUUGUUUUUAAUUUUUAAAUUGAAGUGAGUUUUUAACACCCAAUUUUGAGUGAUUACAUAAAAUGUAAAUUAUUUAGCACAAUAAAAAGAAAAGGUUUUAAUACACUAUUUUAAGAGCCACUUUUGGAUAGAACCCUGUAUAGAAAACCCUCUGAGGUUUCAAAUAACCUCAAAUAACAGUUCUUUUCCCAUUCAGUAUAAUCAGACUUUCUUAAAUAAAUGAAUAAAUGAACUUUGGACACUUUUACAUUCAGUAGACUCUUAUUAUACAUUGUGUUGUUAUAAUACUUUUUAUAACAUUCUAAAAAUAUUUUUUUUAAAAACAUGGAACUACAGACUAGAAUUGCUUGGCUGCUCUUUCCUUUUUUCUCCCUCUUCAAAAUUACCUGCAUAGAGCUCCUGCAUAUUAAGAAAUACCUAUUUGAAUGUUCUUCUCCUGGUUAUUUGAGACAGGUCUGCUAUUAGAGAGAUGUUCACUUUUUACUUUUUUCUCCUAAUAAGCCCUAGGACCAGCUUUCUCACCACCAGUAUCUAUACGUUUCUUCCAUAGGGAUCAAACAGGAAGUAGCUAAAAGGUACAGAAAGACAGACGCUUAAUUUUGCUUUUCUAACUACCACAAUUUUUUUUUUUGAUCCACUUGUGAAUUUUCUUGCUGGAAAGUUAUUUUUUCUAAAAGUUUCCUAUUAAGUAGGCUAGAAGCUUUGUGCUUUUUCCUAGAUUUUCUUAAGGGGCUUCAGCUGUUUUCUCUUGCAAAAUUCUAUUCAGCACUAUCUUCUCAGGAAUUUCUAGAACAUACCCUCUGGGAAUUUGUAAGAGAAUUCCAUAAUUAUUUUUUCCAGCCACUUUUCUCAUGGGAAUAAGAUCUCCCUACCCCCCAAAUGGAUUCUGAUAACUAGUUUCAUAUUGUCUGUAAUCUCAUUAUGAUUCUUCAAAAAUUUCACACACGCAGCCUAAACUUUUCAGAAAUUUCUGUAAUCCAUAUAAGGUAAUUCAUUGCAUAUAUUUAGUUUAUUAUCAAAUUAAGAAGGAAAUUCAAGAUAAUUAGCCAACCAAAGUGUUUUGGUUUUCUCUAGUAUGUUUAUAAUACUCUUAAUAUUUUUCUGUUGAGGAACUGAGCAGUUUUACUAUACUAGGGAGGUUUAAAAAAAAAAAAAAACAUAACUAACCACAGCAGUAUUUAUUUUCAGAUUUGAGUUUUCUUUAUUCUUUAGUCUAAAUAGUUAACUUGUGAUUUUCAAUUUGUAAACAAAAUUUAAAAUUCUGUAUCUAUAAGAUUUUUGUUACUUUGGAUAUGUAAAUAUUUAAGGGCUGACAAUAAUUCAGGUACUUAAAAAUAAAUUUUGCAUGUAGUAAGUAUAGUACAUCUAUUGUCCAAAAUGUGGUUUGUGUCCAAAUCAGUUUUAAGAUAUUGCUUAUUUCCUACAAUGUUUAAAUGAGAUUUAUAAAAGAAAAAUACAUUCAAUUCAUACGGGAAUACAAGCUGUAUAACUUCCAAUAACAUAAGUCUUCUAAAUCCCUUUGUUGAAUUGAACUGAAAAUAAAAUCUUGUGGGAUUGACCAGUAUGCAAUAAACUAGCUACUUAAUGUAAAUUUAAAA